AUGAUCACACACACGCCUCGGGCGGAUCCGAUCAUCUCGGCUUCUCCGUCUAGCAGUCGUCAGCCUCUGAACCAGCCAAGGAUACCCAUCACACCGCAUCGAUACCGAGCAGCAAUCUCUUCAGAUCAGCGCUUUCCCGCGACCCCCACCUCGCGCCGUACCUCGAUUGUCGACGGCGCAGACGACAGCCCGACUGCAAAAAGCUCUACCUCCAACUGGCAAGCCAGCAUUGAGCUUUCCCUGACCACCCGUCGCCGUCUCAUCCGCAAGCCUCUGCCUCAGAUUCCAUCAUCACAGACCAACCCUUCCUCUGACAGAGCAGCUGCCGAUGAUGGACUGGUCGACUCAGCUGUAAUCGACCUUCUCUACCGAAAGGCAGACUCGUGGUGGCCUGACGCUCUUCCCGACAAGCAAGAUACCUCGCUUCCUCUCCCUUCGUCUUCUCGUGUAGCGGAUCGCGCUGGGAUACAGAACCCCACGCAGCAACAAGAGGCCAACGACGGCCAGGGUCUUGAUGAACAAAGCCUGCGUCAUCUCCUCACCAUUCUUCACUACGCUGCGCUUCGCUGCGAAUUCAAAGCUGGCUCUUCCAACGACGACGGCACCAUCGGCCGCAAUGUCGUGGUGUCGGCGACAGGCACAUACAAGAGACAGUCCGCAUCCAACAAUACUGCCGCACCUGCCUCUGCAUUGACCGACAGCGACAACCAGGGUCUGUAUAUCCUCGACGAGGCCACACUGGACAGCCUGUAUCAUGCGCUCCAGGCAGCCUUUCGACAUCUCUCACAGAAACAGGUGCUGGGUGCCUUGCAACGCACUGCUUCCAUACGAUGGCGCGCCGAGGCUCAGCUCCGCAAUGCAACAGCAUCUCAAGCGGCAGAGGCAAACAGCGUCCUCUCCUCGCGAUGGACUCGCUUCGCGUGGCCCGCCGCAGCUUUAGGCAAGGCUUAUAAGGAAGCACAAAGAAGCGUUCUGCCGUCUACUCCUGGCGAGGGACCCUUUUCCGGAUUCAUCACGCCUUCCCACCUACCUCUGAACCACGACCUGUACAGCGGCCUCUACGCUGAUCCGGAACAGCGCAUACGCAAAAGAGACGUCGCCGUCAAGAUCUUGAGCAACGCCAUCUGGUUUGUGCGCAACUAUGGUCCCGACGCAGGUGUCGAAACAGUGCAAGAUUCAGCAGGCAGCCUUGGCGAAAAGACCUCUUCACAGGAUGCUCAAGGUACGGCAUCUGCGACGAAUGCCAUGCCACCUCCUUCCUUGUCUUCAAAUCGACGAAUAUCGGAGAAUCUGCUUAAGAAGAGUGCAGGUCUCCCUCUUUACACGCCCAAAUCGAGCGCCACAACGGCUCUGAGCGGGACGGCGACGCCCGAAAGCAGUCAAUCCGACGCACCUCCCACCCCUUCCUCGGCUACGAGCUCAGCUGCAGCAGCCUCCGUCUCACCCCUUCAAGACAUCGGGAGCGCCCCUGCGAGUGCCGCUGGGCAACAGCUGCCGAGAACGCCCUCAAUGACUGCCCUGAACGCGUCGGCAGCCCCUGUUAUUCCACGGUCCGAGCCCAUGGUGACACCUUCCAGCGAGACUGCUCCAUCACCUGCAGCUGCAUCGCCCAAAGGAAAUGCGGGCGAGAAGAGCAAGGCCAUGGAGCACCUUGCAUCCCUCAGCGCCGCUGCAGGCGCCGCCAUGCGUCAACGUGCUCAGCAGGCAGCUGCGGCUGCCGCAGCGAACGGGACCGCGCCAGAAGACUCGAUCGAUGCCGCGAUUGCCGCUUCUACCACCUUGCGUCCACAGUCAAGUCGACCCAGCUUGCGCUCCUUUCCAAGUCGUUCGGAAGCAGAAGAGGCCGAAACAGAUGCACUAGAAAAGGCUGAACGAGACUAUCUCGCCAAGGUUGGUCAGGGCUGCGAUGAGUGGGCCAAAAUGGUAGUAUGCCGGCUGUGCGCCUCCAUCUCUGUGGCCGACGCAGCCGAUACGAAGCACCGUCGCCGUUCGGGCACGUUGACGGCUAGGGAUUUCGGGAACGCCCUGGCUGCCUCGGACAACGCAGACGUAGGGUCAAGCAUAUCGACACGCUCCGAUAUGACUGCGAAGGCGGGCAAGGUAGGUCAUGGCCUUCCGCAGCGUCAGCGCCCAGACAUUGCUCCGGACGGCCACGGACAGCCCAAGACAGGCACAGUCGCAUGGACGCCCGACACUUUCGAUGGUGAGGAACUUUUUUCACACCACGGCACGUCAUCGCAUGAGCGCAAAGCCAGCGUUUCGCCUCACGACGAAGAUGAGCGAGUCAGGCUGGUCGGCGGCAGCUUCGUCUGUCAUGUCCAGACCGAACAGCAGAGGCAGGCAUUGAUCGAGCUUCUGGAAAUCGCUUUGUACGUUGGCAUGUCGAUGCUGCUCGAGUCGAGCUUUCUGAGCGACUCGGACGCGGCUCGUCCCAAGCUCGUCAAGGUACCCACCCGCACGACUUCGAAUGUCGAUGCGCCUCAACGAGGUGCCAGCCUGAUCCAGCAGCCGGUUCUCUCCCGUGCCAGCUCGCAGCAGAGUCUCGAUGGCAGUCAGAGAUCGAUCUCUGGUAGUAGCAGCACGCAACCAACCUCGUACUAUCCAGAGCCAGCUGCCCAGAUAUCCGGCCAUAUGCCUGAGACCGAUGCUUCCACCUCCAAGCCUGGCUCGAGGAAGUGGACCAAGAGUCUCUGGGGCAAGCUUGGCCAGCAAACGAAUGAAUUAUCGAUUCCCGGCUCGAACGCUUCUGCGGCACGACCCGGGACAAGCGACGGUCAUGGAGCAGCGGCGCCUCGCACCUCACUCACAAUGCAUCGCUACCACACAGACGACGAUGCAAACAGCUUGUCAGCUACAGCCAACAGGAGACCCCUGUUCAAAACAGGUGAAGAGCCCAAGCAAACAAUCGCGGCAAGGAAAGCGGCCCUCUUCGCCAACAGCACCAACAACUCUGCACCGCCCACGCCACACGGCGGCCGUACUGCUGCUGGCGAUCCUGUGACCCAACCGAACAGCAAGCCAAACCGCCUGGUAGGACGACUAAUGAAUGCAUUUGCACGUUCAGCUGUCGCGGACCCUCCUCGAGCGGAUGCUACUCGCCCUAGCUUUGACGCUAACGCGAUAAAUGCAUCGUCUGAUCCUGCUUCGGCGACAGGAGCACGGACGACGCAUGGUAGCGAUCUAGUCACGUCCCGGUCGAGAGCAACAACGGAGAGCAAGCUGUCCAACUUUCAGAGACUGCGCGUACAGGCCAAGCCAGCGCUUGCCUUCCCACUUCAAAGUCCCAGCCCAGCUGCUUUGUCCACCUCGCCAGAGCUUUCGAUGCUUCUUUGCUACCAGUACCGACCUGGUCCGGCUCAGCCCACGUUCUCGACCGAUGCAUACCUGACCGCUUUCCACCGCUUGCAAUUGCUGCGCUUUCUGGCGGAUCAGCGUCGCGAGCAGCUGACGUUUGCGUCGCCCUCGCAUGGUAUCUCAUCAUCUGGCGAUAUUCUGCCCUUUGUGGGCGCGCAAACACCUGCAUCGGCCUCACCUUGGAGCGUCAUCCUGUCUCGAGGUCAGCAGCAGCAACAGCAGCCCAACGGGAGAGUCGGAAUCCGCCCCGUCCAGCUCCUAUCUUACGAGCUGCUGUCCAGCGACGGUACGGCUCUGGGUCUCUGCCGCGAGGAAGUUGCCUUCUACCAAAGGCUCAGCAACAGCCGCGACGUGCCGCUGGGACAAGUCAUUGAAGAGCUUGCCAUUCGUGCUCGUACGAUGGAGGCAGACCACGCUGCCUCGUCCAAGACAACGAACGAGUCUCGCUUUGCUGGUGCAAAGAGUCAGAUCAACGGAGCCCGAGAUCAGACGGACACUGCACUGGCUCAGCGCAUCAACAGCGUUUACGAUGCUCCAGAACAGCGCUUGCAAUUUGUACAUGGAUCUUGCCGGAUCAAGGUGGUUGCUACCGUCCUGCCGUCACGCUUGUACGAUGACGGCACAGGGGACGAUGCGCAGCACGCCGAUAGCACAAACGCCGAAAAGGUCUCGGGCGAUCCAAUCUUGCAAACCAGCAGUCGGACUGUGCGUCCAACGGAAUCUCGAGAAGUUGAUGUCUCCGCCAUUGCCGCAGCAUCGCACACGGACAAGGAGGCAGCCAAUACAGCGUUCGCCGUGGCCGAGACCGCCGUACAAGCGGCAGAGAGCGGUGCGUCUCGGCCGUUGGUUGACCAACGAGGGAGCGCAAGUGCCAGCGGCAUUUGGAUGUGGAAUGCGAGUGCCAAGAGCGGCUGGCAGGGCAAGGCAGCACCCAUGUCCGAACCCACCUACCUCCUUUCCUUUGCUCGCUAUCUGGAAGCCAUCUCUUACCAUCCAGCACUGCGCCGCGCAGCAGGAUUGGAGCCCGCGAAUGGUAAGGCUUACGGUGGUCUCGCCAACGUGCAGCAGCAGCUUCGUCAAGGCAGAAGCGAGGACGACCGCAGUGUCGCAGAGGGCGCCAGUCUGUUGCGUUUCUUCCGCAGCGGCCGUUCGCUUGUCAAGGUGCAAGUGCAGCCUCUUGUUCUCUACGACCUUCACAUUCAAGGGCCUUGCCUCCAGACGAGCAGCGAGCGUCGGCGCGAUAGGAAGCAGAAGCAAGCUCAAGCAGAGAAGCGCAAAUUCAGGCAAUUGGCAGAACAGACGCGCCUCGAGAUUCAACGCUUCUUUGCAUCGAUCAAGGGCAACACGACCAGGCUGGAAGGUGUCUUUGUGUCUCGCGACCUCGAUGAAGCCGGCAAGACAAUUCGCAGAAAGUCAACAGCACAGCCAAAUGGUGCGGCUGCUUCGCCGAACCUGACGAUGUCAGAAGCAGUCGCAGAGCCGUUGAGCUUGCUGACCAACUUGCGCUCGUCCCUGCGUACGGACGAGUUCGAACUCUACGAAGCUCUGCAACGCACGUUCUUCCUGGACGGGAUCAACGAUGUGCGCAAGGCCUUUGCUGAUCGCGCCAAGUCGGCCAAGAAUCGCCUCCUUGCUUGGACCAAGAAGCAUCUGAACAAGAAGGAGCAGACCGACUUCGGAAGCUGUACCUAUGAUGAACCCGAAUACUUUGUAGCAGGUCGCCGUGCUUUUCCCGGCAGCUCUUUCAUCAUUCGUGAUGACGAGCCACUCUCCAUCAUCGCCUACUCCCUCAGCUCACGCGACUUCCGUGCCGAGAUGGGAACGCUUGUCGAUCGCCAACACGAGGCUGCCGGGUACAUGGGCAGCAGUAACGAGGAGCACGUCAAGCAGUGGCGUAGCGGUGUAGUCGAUGGCGGUGACGGCGUCAAACAUGGCUCGUACAUCUCCACGUCUGGUGCUAGCACCACUACAACUGCCUCAUCUCUGCUCGCGGAGAGACCGACACGCAAUGUGCCGCUGGCUCAACUUGAUCCUGACAAGGACGAGGUGUUCUUCGACGCCGAACCUGUUCGUGCCGCUUUGAAGCGGAAGAAGCGCGGCCGGGAGUCGUCCAUCUUGUCGCUGACGCUGAGACGCGUUGGCUCGACCAUCUCGGAACCGCAAAACGCUAGUUAUCGCCUCAAGACGGCAAACGGGCACCCACCCUCCUCAGCCGGAUCGAUCAAGGAUAUCGACGAUGACGACGAUGAUGACAAGGCUAGAGACGUGGCAGCAACCGACAGGCGCGGCUCUUUCUCCAACAGCUCCAUAGACGGUCAGGAUACCACUCUUGGCGCUCCUCGUAAGGGCACAACACCUCUGAGACGACUCUCUGCAGCUUUGCAGGAUCAUCAAUCGUCGUCGCCGACCAAGUCGGACCUGUCAACCUCAGGCAGUGUAUCUGCACUCCGACGUACCUUCGAAUUGCGCUCGCAGUCCUCGUUCUCAUCCAUUCCGGACAGGAAGUCUUCGAUUCAGCCGCAGCGACCAGGCCAGCCUGCGAAUGGAAGCGCCGUCAGCACGACAAGCACGGACACCACUUUCCAAGCGCAGGUCACACCCAUGUCGGGUCGUCCUGCGUCGCUCGCUAGCAUCUUUUCAUCAGACAAGCAUGGGCCGGAAGCCGCAAACUCGCGACUGAGCGGUGUUGCACCACGAAGACCUGGAUUGGCCGCACCCUCUGCCAUCCCUCGUUCUCCAUCCCAUGGCCGACCAUCAUUCUCGUCCACGUCAGACGCUGCUCAGGCCUCAGCCGGCGCAUCUCCCGCGGCCAAGGACAGCCUAAGGCCACAUCGCUUGUCGGCGCAGCCAACGCCGAGCGAAGGAGGUCUUGGGGCCGAUGCACAGUCCAUGAUCUCACACAGCACGCUUCCAGGCUCUCAAGCAGCCGAAUCGCCCCACAUCAAGCACAACGUGAUUCACGGCAGCACCAAGAUCUCGUGCGUCUCUUGGUUUGCGGAAGAAUUCGCGGCGCUGCGCGACAAAUGGGGAGUAGAGCACGACUAUGUGCAGAGUCUGUCGCGCUGUCAGCCAUGGGUUGCGACAGGAGGCAAGUCGAAGUCGGCGUUCUUCAAGACGGCAGACGAGCGCUUUAUCGCCAAGCAGCUGCUCACCGUGUGGAGCGUCGACGAGAAGGAGGCCUUCCUCGAGUUCGCCCCCGCGUACAUUCGGUACAUGAUGAACUCGGCGGUCAACGACUGUCCGACGCUGCUCGUCAAGAUUGCAGGUGUCUACAGCAUCAAGAUCAAGGACGUCAAGUCAGGAGAGAUGAAGUUGAAGAUGAACGUGAUGCUGCUGGAGAACCUGUGGGCUGGCGAUGGCGGCAACUCGGUUCGCUUCGAUCUCAAGGGCAUCCGAGAUCGCAGGGUCAAGCUGAGUGCCCAGCAGCAACAGGACCUGCAACAAGCUGCCACUAACGCAGCUGCCACGGGUCAGCCACUGGUCGAUGUGCCCGGUGCGGCGAAAGGCACGCCUGCACAGGGCUCUGCGACGACUGCGAUGAAUGCUGGGAUGACGGCGGCAGCCGACAGCAGCACUUCGGGCACCUUGCGGGGCGCCAACACCACGCAGACCAGUCCAAGCCGCAUCGGUACAGAUGCUGAUGCCAAGUCGUCUUCGAGCUCAAGUGCAGUCUGGUGGGACAGCGAGUGGAUCGAACGCUACCGUCACCGCGCGUUCGUACCCGAGACGCAGAAGGAGCUCUUCUUCCGCGCCUUGCAAAACGACACGCAGUUCCUCACCGCCUCCAACGUCAUGGACUACUCUCUGCUCCUUGGGGUGAUGGAGAAGCCCAUCCGGCCCGAGGACAUGUAUCCUCCUGCCGCAUCGCCCACCGCCGAUAGCGCCGACGUGGACGAGACACCCCACCGCCCCUCGUUCCGAUGCAGGAUCGUUGACUUCCUGGGCGCCUUUACGCUCGCCAAGCAGCUCGAGUCGAGCUCGAAAAAGGCGUUGAAAGGCCAAGACGCCAAAGGCAACGUGACGAUCCUACCGCCGUCCGAGUAUGCGAGCCGAUUCCUGAGCGCCAUGGACAGCUACUUUAUCGGCACGCCGUGUCAGCCGAGAUUGGACGCGGCGUACGGGUUCGAUCGGAUGUGCGAGGAGGCUGGGCAGAACGACGGUGCCCGACCUCGAUUCGCUUCUGUUCUGUAG